CCCUAUUACGCUUCACCCGACUCCUCUCAUCUCCAUAGUUGAACAAUCGUUAUGGCCAAUCCCAGCAAACGUCGUAUUGAAACGGACGUGAUGAAGAUGUUGAUGUCAGACUACGAGGUCUCCCUCGUUAACGACAGCAUGCAGGAUUUCUAUGUCCGCUUUUAUGGUCCAGCGGAAACACCAUUCGCUGGUGGUGUGUGGAAGAUUCAUGUUGAACUCCCGGAUCAAUACCCCUUCAAAUCACCUAGUAUCGGAUUCUUGAACAAGAUCUUUCAUCCCAACAUCGAUGAGCUAAGCGGUUCUGUGUGUCUGGAUGUCAUCAAUCAAACUUGGUCACCAAUGUUUGACAUGAUCAACAUUUUCGAAGUUUUCUUGCCACAGCUCUUGCGUUACCCCAAUCCGAACGAUCCUCUCAAUGGGGAGGCCGCGACUCUUUUAAUGCGUCACCCGAAAGAGUACGAAUCGAAAGUGAAGGAAUACGUCCAGAGAUACGCCACGAAGGAAGCAGCCGACGCGGCAACGGACGGAAAUGACGACGAGGGUCAAGACGAAGAAAUGAGCGACAUUGGCAGCAUCAGCGAAGGCGAGUGAUCUAACAUGCAUUGGACUGCAUCCUAGAUCUUGGCACCGACCACUCGGUCGCCCUUCCCAUGUAUUAUGAUUGACAUCGCAUAAUUCGUUACACGAGCUGGCACAUAUCUCGUCGACACCCCCGAGACGCCCCACUCACUACCCCAUCUUUUCUCAGUAUCGCCUACCAUUUUUGUUGGCUUGCCCUCAGGUUGGGAUCGCAUUCGUCACGCGUUGUAUUACAUUUUAGGAUGAGAUGAUAACUGUUGUGCUAUGAAAUUAUAACUCCAAAUACAUUAGGAAGGCUCAGCUAGAAUCUUGAGAGGGUAUUGGUACGACUAAGUCGUCAACCUUCUUCUGUAUCUCUGAAGCUGCCUUCAUGAGGACAUCAAUUUGAGUUUUGACACUGUCCAUUGUGGAAAGUUUUGCCCUGCUCUCCUUCAUAAGAUCUUCCUUUUCACGCAUGAGAUUUUUCUUCUUGAGAUCGAGUCGUUGGCGUUCCGCGAGCUCGAAACUUAAUCGGUUAAGCAUGAGUUGAUGCUCAUCUGACAGGACCUCUUCUGUGCGGGCUUCUUCGGGGGCAAGACGUUGGAAUUCUUCAAGAGUAUAUAGGGGCACGUCUUGAUAAAUGGAAGCGAACUGUCUACAUUUCUCAAUCUCUCUCUCAAGAUGGCGUUUCUCGUACAGAAGGUUCUGCAGACCCAGGUGCGAUUGGUCCAUUUCUAGCCUAGCCGCAGCCGUAGCUUCUUUGCGCUUACGAGUGGCGGUGUUGGCGGCACGGUUCAGAGACUUGAGACGCCCAAUGAGGGCCAUGGAUCUAAUUUGGAGGGCGGCUGCAUCAUGCUGGAGGGAUGUGGAGGAGACGAGAUCGCGCAAUUUGUCGAGGACGUCGUCUGGACUGGGAGGGUCAUCGUCUUUGAGCAUGG